UGCAAAUGGCACCUUUUUUAUUUUUCAAUGUGCUUUGGUAUUUUGUUUUUCCGAACCUAAAGAUUUAGUUAAAUCAUUGCGAUUUCGAAAAACAUCGAUUUUAUGUGACUUUCUUUCAACGCUUGGUAUUAAUACUAGCACAAAUGCAUGAAAUACGCUUUCAUUAAUUUUUGCAUUUAAAUGAUACGAGUUUAGUUUCGUAUUCAUUUGCACUUGUCACCUGUUAUUACAGGUCUGUAAUCAGUACCUGAUAAGUUUAACAAUAUCCAAACAAUGGACAGACAAGAAUUAAAAGAAAGUGUUCUAUUAAAUCUGAGAUCUGUUACUCAGAGCUGUAAAGGAGGUGUUCCUCUUUACCGUUUAGAAAGGGACUACAAAGAUCUUUUAGGCACUCCAAUUCCUUUUAGAGAACUAGGUUAUAAUUCUCUUGAAGCAUUUAUUCAAGAUAUUCCUGAUGUAAUCAGUCUGAAAAGGAAUAGGGAGGGUCUGUUUAUGGCAGAAGGUGUUGCUGAUGCAGCCACAGCUCAUAUUGCUAGUCUAGUGUCCAGACAAAAGCAAGCAAAGCCUUCAGUGAAAGGAUCACGUAAAACUUAUUUUUCAAAGGGAAGAGGUGGGUUUUCUUCAAGAUAUCGCCCCAGAGGUGGUAGAAGUUCUUAUGGGAGUUCGAGCAGUGUACCUUUACAGCCAUCUGGGAAAGCUUACAAACAAGAUAAAGUUUCAUAUGAGAAUCAUUCCAAAAACUCUGUGCCCACUUCUAAAAGUCCUCUUCUUCCAUCUCCUAAAGCUAACUCUGCUUUUUCAAGACUAGAUAGGCCUGUUAGGAAAAAUGAGAUUGCUCCUCGUUUCAUAAGGUUGAAUCAAAGAAGAAUGGAAGCUGCAGCUACCCGUAAAUAUUCUCCUCCCAGAACUCCACCUGAUAGGUAUUCACCAAGUCCCCGUGCUUCUCCUAAAGGAUGGAUUUCUCCUAGACCAUCAGCAAUUGAUGAUGAAUCAUAUAAUCAGUACAAUGGGAACAGAAUACAAAACACUCCACGUCCUUUACUUUCCAGAAAUAAUUUUGGGAGACUAGACAGAUUCAAGCAACAAUUAGAGAAUGCCAGAACUAAUAAAGAAUAUGUGGAAAUCUAUGCAAAGGCAAAUGGUUAUAAUUUUAAAUAUAAAACAAUUUUUUGUGGCCAGAAGAAAAAAGGUUUUGUUUCAAACUUGGAACUUGAUAAAAAAACAUAUCAGUCAUAUCCUGAGGUAGCAAGAACAGAAGAAGAAGCUGAAGAGAUUGCUGCUAAAGCUGCUGUUGAAGAUAUUAAGAGUAAUACAGACUCUUUGGCCUCUCUACCUGAAACACCAAUUAGUAAUGCAGGAGAAAUUCAAAUCCUUCUUAGUCGAAUUGAAGAGAUUGUGUAUUCUAAGCCAACUGGAAUGUUCAUUAAUGGCAUUGUGCGUGAAUAUGAAAACAAAUUUAAUGAGUCUUUACCUAAUGGCUGGAUGGAUAUAUUAAGGCAGAGCUCUGUUGUAAUUAUGGAAGAAGUAGCUGUAAAAUUUGGUAAAGUGCCCGAUGGAACAAAUUUUAUUGUAAAAGUAAAUAAGAAUUCAUCUGGAAGCACUACACCUUCUGAAGCAUCUAGCAAAGUCAAUGCUGAACUAUUAGACCUUGAUAAUGGUGAUUUUUCAUCAAAAGAUGAUUUUGAAGACUUUUAUCAACCCCAAGUUCCUGAAUUAACUAUUCCAGAUGGAAAUGAGUGGGCAGUGUAUAUUACAAACACUUCAAGUGCUUUGGCUGCUCGUUUAAUUGAUCAUGAUGCUGACUUCUAUAAUAUGUCGAAAGCAAUGUCUGCAUUCUAUGAUUCUCAAACAUUGCCAGUUCAAGUUGUCUAUGAAAGACAUUUGUAUGCAGCUGUGGGAGAAUGCAUUAAUGAUGAGUUAGUGAUGCACAGAGUUCUUGUCAACAGAGUCUUUGAUAAUGAUAUUGUUGAGUGCUACUUUGUUGAUGAAGGGACAUUUGGUGAAAUCCCUAAAUCUGAUUUACAAGAAUUGCAUGAAGAUUUCUUGAUGGUACCUUACCAAGCAGUUUACUUUUCCUUGGAAGGCCUUGAUGAUUUUGAGCCAUAUAUGCAACCAGAACAUUUAGAAUCUUUGUUAUACAAAACAUUUAUUGCUGUGGUCAAAAGAUCAUGUUCAUCAAUCGAAGAAUUCUUGCCGGAUGAUCCUGGAGUUCAUCAUAUUGUGUACUCAGUUUUAUUGUACGAUACCAGUGAUAAUGAAAAUGAUAUCUGCAUUAAUGAUUUUGUAAAAAAAUUGCUGAUACAUUCUCUUGAAUGUAAAUUUCCAAAGCCCGGUGUAUCAUCCAGAGGAUAUUUAACUCAUGUUACCAAAACUGGAGAAAUUUAUCUUAGGUUCUUACAUCCAGAAAAUAGUUGGCUCGAAAUUGAACUUCAAAAACAUUCCAAAAAAUUUGAACAAUCAUGUCAGGGAGAUAUUAGAUUGGAGCCUGGAAAAAUGUAUGCUGCUAAAUAUCCUGUAGAUGGAAAAUGGUAUAGGGCACAAGUUUCCAAUAGUACUAGCAUUGUUACAGAUCCACAGAUGGUUGAAGUAAUAUUCAUUGAUUAUGGUCAUCCAAGUCUUGUUAAAAAAUCUGAAGUAUGUGAAUUAGAACCCUAUAGUGAAUUUUUGGCAUCACUUGGACCACAGGCUAUUAAUUGUGAGUUGCACAAUGCUUUGCCAUCGCCGAACAAUAAAUGGACUGUGGCUGCUAGUGUGAAGCUCAUAGAACUUGCUCCUUUCAAUGAAGAGCUUAUUGUGAGAGUAAUCAUUGAAGGAGACAGUAAAUCUCUUCCUAAAGUUAGUUUGCACAAACGAAUUUAUAAUAAAGAGGAUUCCUUUAUCAUAUCCAUCAAUGAAACUCUUGCCAGCAGAUUGGAUGCAUCUGUUACAGAACCUGUGGCUGCUGCCAAAGUUCCCACACAAUUGAAUCUUCAUCACAAUGUAGGUUCUCAUUUAUCUAAAGGUUCGAGCAUGUCUGAUUUUGUACCAAGAGUAGCAACACCUGUUGAAGAAAGUCUAAUCAAUUCCAUCAGAAAAACAAGUGUAUCCACUCCAUCUAAUGAUGGUAUUGAUUGGUUAAUGACUCCUGAAAAUAUAAAAAGCCCCGAUGCUUACGACGAUGAAUCUCCUGCUCCUCUUAAUCCACCAGUGGUUCCAAAUAAAGGAGAGAUAUUUGAUGUGUAUGUAACUAUGGCUGCUACACCUCAAAAUUUUGUGGUUCAACCAUUAAAAUCUGCACCCCAAAUGACUGAGCUGAUGAGACAAAUGAAUCAGUUUUAUUCCAUAGAGGAAAACUUAAUCGAUAUGCAUCCAACAUUACUUAAGGAAAAUGGGUAUUAUGCUGCUCUACAUUCUCAAGAUAAUUCUUGGUAUAGAGUUCAGUUAUUGUCGGUCUCCCCUUCUGAACCUUAUUUGGCCGCUGUUUAUUAUGUUGAUUUUGGAGAUAUCAACACAGUGACUCUGCAAAAUUUACAGAAGUUAUGGAACCAAUUCAGAAAUCUUCCAUGCCAGGCUAUAAAAGCAACUCUUUCAGGUGUGUUGCCAAAGGAAAUGGAUUGGAGAGCAGAGCAUUGCAUUCAGUUUAAAAAUAUGGUGACAGAGAAGAUGUUUGUUGCAAUUGUCCAAAACAAAGAUUUGAUCGAUGAAUCAGACUCAUCCGUGAAAGUGGAACUCAUCUUAAUAGAUACUAGUACUCCUGAUAAAGAUAUCUAUAUUCAUGAACUUCUGAUUGAAAAAGAAAUGGCCCGUCCAGCACCAAUUAAAUAAUUACAUAGAUUAUUAGACUUCUUUUUGAAUUUAAAGCAAUCAAAAAAUAUUUUAUUUCCACUAUGUCAUAUAAAUUUGCUCAUGUGCCUCAUUGAAUAUUAACAGCAUGGGUAUAACUGCAAGAUUCCUGAUUGCAAAUGCAACAAUUCUUCAGAACCUAUUGGUGAUAAAGUUUGUCGAGCACUGUCACAUCUAAUGAUUUAUCUGUGAUAUUAUGUAGAUUUUUCCAAUGUUAGCAAUUUAUCUUUGUUCUGGUAUUGCUCUCUUUAGUCAUCCUCAUCUAGUAUGGUUGUUUAACGCUCUAUUUCUGUAUGCUCAUUUUAAAUGUAUCAUUGUGGUUGUGUUAAAGCUUUGUUGUAAGCAAAUUCCAAAGAGGUGUAUUAUGAACAUAUAUAGAGAUAUUGUAUUAAGAAUUUUUUUUUUGUUAAAAUUGUAGGCAACAAUAAAAUAAAACAAAAAAAAAUAAUUCUAUGUUAGUCCAGAAAAAUUCCAUAUGUGUUAACCUGAUUGUUUGUAUUUUGUUUCUCAUUGUGGAGUUUUAAAUAUUAAAGAUGUAAUAAAUACU